AUGGCGGCUGCUAGUACCAACUACCGAUCUCCCACCUUCACCCAGUUGGUGGUGGGUGCCAUGAGGAAGCAUUUCCCCGAGGAGAUUGCCGAGCGCUCAUGGGACAAUGUCGGUCUCCUUUUUGGAAACAUAGAGACAAGCCCAGACGAAAGAAAACCGCCCGUCGUCCUCGUCACAAACGAUCUCACGUACGCCGUGGCUCAGGAAGCUGUUGAGAAGGGUGCUAGUGUCGUUGUUAGCUACCACCCCAUCAUCUUCUCCGGUCUCAAAUCCAUCACAACAAACGACCCUCAGCAAGCAACCCUCCUCCUCCUCGCCUCCCGCGGCGUCGCAGUCUACUGCCCGCACACCGCCCUCGACGCCGCACCCCGGGGCAUCAACGCCUGGCUCGCCGACUCCCUCGCCGGCGACGCCCCCUUCGAGCGCACCGCCGCGACCCCCAACCCCGCUCCCCUGGCGGGUUUCGAGGGCGCCGGCUCUGGCGGCGUCCUCCGCUUCUCGACCCCGCAGAAAGCCGGCCGACUCGUCAGCAACCUCGCCGCCGCGAUCGGCAUGCAGCACGUCAUGGUGGCGGCGCCGGACCGCCAGGGCUGGCGGGAGCGGGAAGUGAGCUCGGCGGCCGUGUGCGCCGGUAGUGGGUGGGGCGUGGUGAAGGAUGCGGAUGCGGACGUCAUCGUCACGGGCGAGGUGAGCCACCAUAACGCCCUGCAGGCCGUGCAGCUUGGGAAGAUCGUCGUGACCGUGUUCCAUAGCAACUCGGAGCGUGGCUUCCUCCGGGAGAGGCUGGUGCCCUUGUUGGAAGGGGAGCUCCGGGAGACGGAGCCCGGUGCUAAAGUGUUCAUGAGCCAAGUCGACCGCGAUCCGUUUGAGAUUGUGCAGGCCUGA